AUGUCCACACCAAGGGCGCGAAUGAGAAGCGAGCGGGCGGCAAAGAUAUCAGAUGUCAAUAAACCAGUGAUAGGGCUUCGUCCUCUCAAGGAAAGGAACAAGCGAUCAGAGGCUAUGAUCGAGGAACAGGUAGAUAAAUUAAAAAAAAAAACACUCCAAUGUUCUUGAUUGGCAUGGAGCGAAAUUUCUAUACUUGAAUAAUGUGUGGUUCAACUUUUUGCGUGCUGUUGCGGGCAGGGUUUUUUGGGCCGUAGUAUGUCGAUGGAACUGCCGAGUCUUGUUCAUUUGUAAUACUGUGCUUGAUUGUUUUGUAUUUUCAAUUGUAUAUAGGACAUAAUAUUAAUAUUAAUUUAAUAUUUUUAUGUAAGUAGUAUCUACGGCAUUACGCAUUGUAUGGGGUCUCUGACUCUUUUGCACAAGUCCAAAGGCUCUCGUAUUAUUAUUAUUAUUACUAUUAUUGUUAUUUAUAAUUAUUUUUUAUUACUAUUGUUUGUUGCCAUCAAAUUGUCAUAAACAAUUUGACUUACAUGCAUUACCAUGCUCCCCCACCCCCUACUGGCAUACAGUUUCACUGGGGAUUUGCAGAAAUUCCAUACUGAUGAUGUGCCAGUACCCUGUUCUGGAUAGCACUUCUGAUUAGUCAUGCUGCAUGUGAAAUUUGCUUCAACCAAUUGAAAGCACUACCCAGGGUAGUGACACAUUAUUUAGUAAUUGUAUGUCUGUGCUUGUUCCUCAGACAUCAUUUUUCAGGGAAACUAGGCUACCAGUACAUGUACAUAUAUCAGCCCUUCUGAUAUUUUGCGCGGUUGCGGACCCGCAAAAUUCAGGUUAAUCCAUGAAAUGCCACAAAAUUCACAAAAACACGUAAAAUACCGUGAAAUUUGGAAGAAAUCUUAUCAAAUACAUGUCUGUACAGCAGUUUUUAAACUUAUCUCAGCUAUUGGGGCUAUUUACUUGCCGUAAACUAGCAAAUUUAUCUUGAAACGUCAUCACAGAAAUGUGCAAACAACGUCCCAAAACUACCAGGCAUAGAUUAUGUUGCGAAAAACUGGGCUUUAGCCAUGAUGUUAAAGGCUUUGCCAUUGUUUCAUUUCUGGAGCAUAUUGUUGUUGAAAGAGCAAAAUAAUGUCUGACCUCUGUUAGAAAAAUGUUAAAAACACUGGUCUGAUCAGCACAAAAGUGAUUGAUUUCUUGCAAAAUUUGACCAAAAAUAAUCACAAAAUCCACUGUUUUUUACAGAUUGCUUUUUGGUGAAGUUUUCCCCCGAAAAUUCCCGCGAAAUUGUCCCUAAAAAUCCCGCGAAAUUCGACUUUUUUUUCUGCGACCUAUCAGAAGCCCUGAUAUAUCUAAGUAAAGGUGGGGAAGGGCAAGUGUAGCUCAUUCAGGUGUGAUUGUUUGAUUGUUUUAUGUGCAAAACCAUUCAAGGAUGUGGCUAAAGAAAAGCUAAGCAGGUUUUCUAUUAUUCAAGCUGACUUAAUCUGUACAUUCAUUAUCCCAUGGCUUUGUUUUCCAGAGCAAUUUUGAGCUGUUGGGAAGUUCUUUUCCAUCUGGUGAAAUAAACUGGUGGCCUGCUCUUAGUGAUAUUUCUGACCACAGCCAGUGCAAUUUUAUCCAGACAUGUUUUUCCAUGAUUGUAUGUGUUCAUAUAAUUUUUCAGGGCUUCUGAUAUUUCGCGAAAAAAAAAGCAAAAUUUCGUGGGAUUUUCAGGGGCAAAUUCGUGGAAAAAUCGGCCGAUUUCAUGGGAUUUUCGCGACAAAAAAGGCAAAAUUUGCUCAAAAAUCGGCCGAUUUUGCAGGAUUUUAACGGAAAAAAAUCAAAUUUCGAAGGAUUUUCGGGGCAAAUUCUUAGAAAAAUCGGCCAAUUUCACGGGAAAUUUUGGGGGGAAACUUCGCCAAGAAACAAUCAGUAAAAAACAGCCAAUUUCGAUGGAUUUUUUUUGGCAAAUUUCGCUAAAAUCGAUCAAUUUUGCGUCGAUAUGACCAGCAUUGUCUAACGUUUUUUAACAGGGAGAAUCAUUUGCUCUUUCAACAACAGUUCGCUCGAGAAAUGAGCGAAUGCUAAAGCUGUUAACAUUAUGGUUAGUGCCCAGUUUUUCACAACGUUCAUCUAAGACGCCUGGUAGUUCUGAGAUGUUGUUUACUCGUUGCAGUGACGAAGUUUCAAGAUAAAUUUGGACGUUUGGGGUGAAUAGAACAGGUCUAAUAGCCAAGAUAAGUAUUAAAUAUGUUUUGCAGACAUGUAUUUGGAAAUAUUUCUUUCGUGUUUUUUUGGGAAUUUCGCGGGUCUGCGACCGCGCGAAAUAUCGGAAGCCCUGAUUUUUGGAGACUUUAAUGCAUUUUUUUGUCUUUGUAGUUGUUGUUAAUGAGGGAAACUCAGAAUGUUUUGUACAGAACUCUAGAGAACCUUGAAAAGGCUUUAACAGAGGUAAGAUAAAGAACAACAUUAAUUUUGCUUGUCACCUUUAAGUUUUUAUGACCAUUUAGUUGCAGAGAUGCCCACUUCUCAAGAUCUCAAGUAUAGAAAUUUUGUCAUUUCUAUUCCGUCAGUCUUCUCUUACCAAAUUAAUGUAUCGGUCAAAUCGAAGCUUCAACAUCCCCCCCGGGUAACCCCCUGGGCAAUUGACUUUUUUGAAAAUUAUUGUUCAAAUUUCCCCCUACCUGGCCAAAAUGCUGUUCAAAUGCCCCACACUAGGAUCCAUUCAGGUGAUCAAAUGCCCCCACCCCGGGGACAUUUCAUAAGCACAUAAAUGACAGAAGGACAGCAGAAACGCCUUCAGUUGUCAAAAAAAAUCUGCAGGUUUAAUAAAUUUUUUAUGCUAACAUAAUUAUCAUACAUGGCACCCACUAUUAAGCUGAUUUAGCAUCAGGACGGGAAUGUCAGUUGACGACGGGAAAGCGUGCAGAAAGGACUAAACACGACUUCUGGUGCUCAAUUUGCCGCUCUGCCAUUGGUCAAGCUAGUUGUUUGAUUUGCACGCGCCGUCGUCAACUGGCAUUCCCGUUCUGUUGCUAAAUCAGCCUAUUAUUAAUGAAAAGACAAAACUUAUCUUUUGAUCAAAGGUAUUACAGUAUAAUUAUUUUCUGUAUUGAAUUUUCAUAGACAUGAUAAAUCGUACAAUAUACUUUCUUUUUUAUGAUAUUGUUAGAAUUAUCAUCUUCUUCAAAAAUGUUUUUUCUAGGAUGAAUUUCUGAGGGGAGAGAAGGAAUUGCAGCAACUAUUUGACAAAAGCGAGGAGUUACUUGUAAUUGUGCAGGUACUAUUAAAAGCUGUCUAAUGCAUGUAUAAAUCUCAGCUGCUCAAGUAAAAAUUUUGGAUUUGCAUAAUACAUGUACUGUAUAUUUUUUUGGAAAAGAAAGCAGUAACGCUUUAAUCCUAGACAGAGUUAUAGUAAGACCAUUUCUUCAUUCUAAAUUUCAGGUUGUGAACAAAAUCCUAUAGUCCGUGUUACCAUAAACCUCUUUGAUUUAACUUUUGCAUCGUACCAUUUAUUGUGGAUUUUAAUACUGCUUGCCACUGUUUGAACUGAAAGGGUUUCCUAGUUAACUUGGUUUUAGUAUGUUUUUCAGGUUUAAACAAGCUUUCCAGUUUUGAAUCUCCAGCUUCCUUUGAACCGUGUUUGUUUGAUGAUUCAGUGAAAAAAAAAAUUAAUGUAUGGUUUCCUCUUUCAGGUGUUAAUGAAAAUUCGAAAUGAACUUGCACAUGCCCGAAUGGAUCUAGAACGGGCCAUAAGAGGAAACUGUGGGGUAAUAUUAUCUACAUGUAUUUAAAAGUAUUUAUACAUGUUAUCAUUGAACCUUGAUUUUAGAUGGUCAUGUAGUUGUUUUUGUUUAGUAACAGGACUGGCACACAAUCAAGGAGAACAUUUUGAAUACAAAUACACAGUUUACACAUGUAAUAAUAAUUAUUAUUUUAUUACUACCAUAUGCAGGUUGAUGCUGCCAAAAAAAGAGUAAAAUGGCUUCAAGAUAGGCUGGAAAAAGUUCUACUUACAGCCAAAAGUUACUGUCACUUGUAUAACAGAUCUUUACUGAGAAGCAAGGUACAGUUCCCAGUACCUGUAGCUAAUUUGAGUCUUUCCAUGGGUAAAUACAACAUGUGGGUGGGGAAUCAAACAGCUAGGGAUUUCUUUUGGUUUAAUUUUUCUUCUGUUUUCCUAUGAAAGUAGCCAGGGGCCAUGUUCAUUUUAGUAGCUGGGGGAAAUCCGCAGCUCCUGGCUCUUGAUGACAGCCCUACCAUGAGCAGUCCAGAUCACAUUUACUGUAGAUGGUAGUGCAAUCAGACAAUGUUUAUGUUAAGCCCAGUGCAAACAGACGCAACAUUGUUGGAUGUUACAUGUUGAGUCCGUUUGCCAACUUUUUAGAGCUUUGUGCAAACGGAAGCAACAACUCCCAACAUCGUUGGGCCAACAAUUUUGGGAGUUGUUGUGUCCAUUUGCUCAUAGCUUUACGGGUCAAAAUUAAUUUGAGCUCAGGGUAAUAUUUUAUAACCUACUGUACAACAUGUAGGUUGAUUCUCACUUUCCACUGUCUUCUAGGGCUGGCUAGGAGAUUGAAACUCAACCUAUACUACAGUUAAUAGGGUAUAAAAUCAAAAUUAACCUGAAGUCAAAUUUGACUUGUAACAUUGUGUUUAAAUGAUGACUGUAAUUUUGUUUAAAUUGGAUUCUCUACAUUUUAUAAAUUUAUGUUAAGUCAUUUUUAAUUUUGAUAAGAGUUUAUUUUAUAACAAUUUCUUUUCAACUUUAGACACCCCAGUCUGGCUUAAAGGAUCAAAUUUCUGAAAAGAUUUGGAAUAAACUUUCUGAAGGCCAACAGCAACUGUUGCUUGAAAGUGAGGCAAAGAACAAACCUAGUAUUGUGGAUGACAACCAGGCCUUGCCAAUUGUGAAGGAAAUUACAAAGAUGCAGUUGCCACAGACUGAUUCAUCAGGUAAUUGAUGUCCUGUUCGACUAUUUUGUAGAUCUUGGGCAUUUUAGUCAAUGCCACUCAAACAUAUAACUACAUGUACACUAUCCUUCAUUUACUGACAUUUUUCCUCCACUUCAAUCCUGAAAAUGCUCAAACCUAUUGCUACAUCAGGUGGGGGACUCAGUGACAACAAUGAAUGGGAGAGAGGGGGAAAUCUUUUGUACAAGCAAGAAUUCCCUCUCUAAGGUGCAUACCAGAAAACCUAUUUUUACAAAAGUGUCUUUAACUUAUUUAGCAACUUGUUGUAGGUAGGUGCAUAUGUUACCGGUCAAAAUUAAAUUUUAUAGCUAAUAGGUUAGGAAAAUGUUUUUAACCUACAGUACAAUGUCAGACAAAAGUAGUUGAGACACUUCCAACUUCUGACCCAUCUUCUUGUCCUCCCAAUUAACAAUAAUGAAAUGAGGCUGAGUAUCAUCUGAACAAUUUUAUGGAAAUCGAGGGAGGUGUUUAAUACGGCCUUGGUGGAUAACACCAACUGAGAUCUCCAUAAUUCUUCAGAUGAAAUGAAAGCUGAAUUCAAUAAUAAUUAUUGAAUUCAGCUUUAUUAUUUAGUCAAAAUAGUUUUAGUUUAAAAACAAGCUAUUAAACAUACUUACCUCCAUCGAUGUUACGUUCAUCUUUGAUAGUGCAUGUUUAUCGGCAAAUUUUUAGGAGAUAAAGGGUUGUUCAGGUCUGCAAAAAUUGUCAAUAUUUUUUCUGUACCCUGUAGCGGAUGUCGUCCAUCGAGUUGUGUUCUUACUGAUCUUGCUAUGUUUUAGUCAAUAGUUGGCCCUCUUCUUCCUCGUAAAACGAGUGAAACAUUCUGCCAUUUUUUAGUCACAACCAAAACAAUUAACUCAUCCUUGUCACCAGGUCUUCUUGGUUAACAGUUCAAUAUUCUGGCAAAUUUGCUGCAAAUUUUGUGCAUUUACUUAUGUACUAUACUCUGUAAUUUUAGAGGCUCUAACAGUGGAGAGUGAGAACAGAAAUACAGAAUUUAAGGAAAAAGAGUCAGGUGUCUCGGUAUUCAUUACAGACGCAGUACAACAGGGACAUGGUAUUGGACCUACCACACAAAACAGGUGAAAUUUCAGACAUUUUCUGUUAGUUACCAUUAAGUCUAAAAAACUUUGUUGAUUGUACAAAGUAGGGUGUGUGCAAUUGAGCCAUGCAAAAUAUUAAUUAUAGUUGAAUUUUAGAACCCUUUUUAUGGACAUGAAACUCUAGUGUUAACUUCUGUUUUGUGUUAUAUACGAAUUAAAAAUCUUUGCAGUCACGAAUAAAAAUUUUACUCCAAAUAAUGAGAGACCGUUGAAUUCUUAAUGGUGACCAGAUUCACAAAUUGGAAAAGUUUUUUGCCUAAAAGAAGUAUACUAGUGCAUGUAGAUCAACUUACACUUACAGUAAUUGUGUUCGACAGAAAACAGAGAAAAAGAUCAGAUGCCUCCAAGCCCUCUGGUGAUAAUUUAGGCUCCGACAGAAUGAUAGAACUGUUUCCUCCAACCAGUCCACAAGAUCGUCAUUCUGACCAAGAAUCAGUUACGACUGCUGAACCUCAGUCAGAGCCAGAAGACUUUGAUGAUCACAGAUCUGAAUCCAUUGUGAGUUCAAUAGGUGUUCAUGAAGCAGAUGGGACUGAACGUGAUGCAAGGAGUGUUCCAACACUGGAAGUAACUACUCCUUCUGACGCGGAUGAUAGAACAGGUAAAGGUACAUAGUUUUAUUAUGGAUUUCGAAAUACAGUGGAACCCCAUUACUAUACAGUUGUGUAUGCUUGGGCCAUGAAAUCCUGGUUGUAGUUUAAAGGAGUUGUAUAACAAAGUUUUUAGAAAAGGUGGUGCGUACUUUAACAAACUCAACUCUCAAAUGAAUGUUUGGACUGAGCUGGAAUUCAACCUAUACUUUGUGGGAGGGGCUAGUACUAACAAGCCCGUGAAUGAGCUUUCCAUUUUAAUAAUAAUAAUAAUAAUAAUAAUACUUUAUUAUCCUCUCCCCUUAUGGGGCUUUUCAGGGAUAAUGAAACAAAUAAUUCAAAUAAUUGAACAUAACAUGGUUAAACAUCCCAACUGGUAUGAGGUGAACCAGCUGGCUAUUUUUACAAGUGUGGUCAAGGACUUGAACUCGAGACUACUGUGUACAAAUCCAGCUGGUGGUCAGGAUAGGACUUUAACUCAGGGCCUCCGAAUUACAAGUCCAGUGUUCUAACCACUUGGCCACGCUGUCCCCAUAGUUUUGAGUGGUGAUCAAAGUAUGCAGCAACUGAGAUCAUGUGAUUUAGUGUUUUUGUCAUUUGGGAUGAAGGAAAGGAGUUCAAGCUUAUAGCCUGCUGAUUACGUCUUGCAAUAACCCCCUCCACCCCAAAUGGAGAGCUUGAUCGCAUGUUAAGUACUUGCCAAGUCAUGAUCCCAUUCUACCUGCUGGGGCUCUAUUACUAGCCCCUGUUUAGGAAUGAUUUUGCCUGUGCUCCUUCUGUGGGAUGUUGUAGACUUGAGAAAACCACAGAAGUCAAGCAUAACUCUCAGCUGUCCCUGAUCUCCCAAAAAAGUGAUCAUGAACUCUCGCUGUCUUUGUGAGGUGGACUUGAGGGUGGAAUCAGGAUUAGCGAAACUUAAGAAGUUUUUUAACAGAUAUAAUUUUUUAAACCAGAGAAUAUUAACAAAGCCAUUUAAAAUGAUUUUGUAAAGGAAACAUGUCCUUGUGAUUCCUUCCAGGCCCAGAGCACUUUGAAGAUGUGACUGCAGCUUCAAAAAUGAACGCAGUAGAGGAGGAAGAUGAUGUUUUCGUUGAUACUGAUGAUGAGGAUAAGGUUGAAGCAUACUGGGGUUCAGAUCAUCACAAGUUUGAGUGGUCGGAUUAUAUGCAAAGCCUUGAUCCACGUUCAUGGCAUGCCCUUGGACUCGGUAUCCCUGAAAGCUUCUUAUCCAAAGGUUGGUAUUCAACUGUUGCAAGUACACCUUUUUUGCAUUAAAAGAAUAACCUUCCCAGGUUUGAUUUGUGCGGUAAACUUUUAAGAUCAAAUCAGAUUGACUGUUUGCUGAGAGCUCCCACUACAGCUGUCCUUAUUAACUAGCCAAUGUUUUGCAACCACAAAAACACUCUUGUUGUCGUAUAGUUUAUCAUCAUGACUGUUUGAAAUAGAGUUUGUGCUUACAGUGAUUCUCUAUAAUCUUUAUGUGUUGCUAUUAGCUAGUAUAAGAUCAUGAUUGCAUACAUAAGAUAUAAAAAUCAUGUCAUUCAUUAUGUCUGAUGACAAGUUGCCUUUGUUUGCUGCAAAAACUAUAAAGAUAUUAUUAUACAGAUAUUAGUAGAUCAUUGUGUGGAUUGUUAUAUACACUAGAUAUCAAUUUAAUUUCAAGCAAGAUGGUUGGGUAUUUUACAGAGAUCUUCCUGUAUCUGGUGAAUAAUAUUUUUCAAAAGGAAAUUUUUUCCUCUUUAGAAAAAACACAUUUUGACCCAGAUUUACCAUGGAAAGAGAAGCCAAUGAAAGUUAAUAGUGUCAUUGAUGUACAUGUGAGUAUUUUUAAGAAAAUUGUAAAUCAUCUGAGUUUCAAAGCACCUCUCAUUUGCAGCCUGCAGCAAAUAGACACUAUAAAUGAAACUAAUAAUGUUACAUAGGCUAUUAGUUGUUUUUUAUCACGAGGGUGGGAAACAGCCAGUAUGGCAUUUCGUGACACCACUAUUGGUUUCUCCCAGACUGGUUUCUGCACAAAGUGAUGUCUGAGGAACAAGCCCAGAAAUUCCAUAGUGGUAAUGCAUCACUACCCACAUCUAGUCUGCGAGCAAGCUCUCUGGGGCGUUCUGACAGCGGGGCGGGAAAAGAAAGGAGAGCUUGUAACUAUGUCUCUGUAAUUUAAAGUCCACCUCCAAUUCCCCUGUGGCUCCCCGUCUUCUAAGCUGUCAGAUUUCCGCCAAUCAGCACAAAGCGGAAACGAGCACGAAUGUAAACAAACAUUGAAAAAGACCUGCCAAGGGUAAUGAUGCCAUUACUAAUGUAACCUCCGCUAAUCAGCAUUUCGCAUUGACUUUUUCGAUGCAGAUAUUGAAAUUCCAGAGACGUAGUUGCAAGCCCUCCCUCCUUUUCCCGCCCCGUCGCUAGAGCACGCCGGAGAGCUCGCUUGUAGGCUAACUCACAUCUGGGUAGUACUUCGGAUUGGUCAAAAAUUUGCUUCAUCCAAUCAGAAGACCUACAUGUACCAGAUCUUAGUAGUUAUGCAUCAUCAAUAUGAAAUUGUCCAGACGUCAUUUCGCAAGGGAACUAGUGGGUGGUAUCAUGAAAUGUCGACUGUUUCGCAGGCUUAUCACUUCUGAUACAUUACUUUCAUUUGCCUCCUUUACAGAUAAGUAUGACAAUGGUAAAAUUUAUGAUGCAUGAAAUGAUCAUUAAUACAUGUUUGUUUGGCAGAAAAUUGCUUUGGAUAAACUACUGGUGAGACUUCACAAGAUGUAUGAUGCUAUAGGCCAAGCAACACAAACAACGAUUGAUCCAGCUACAAAAGUUGAAAAAAUAGAAACAGUCAUGGGAAAGCUGGAGUGUAAGAGCUGUUGUACAUUAAAUAAACCAGUAGCUUUUUCAUUACCGGUAAUUUUCUUGAGGUUCAGUUUCAUUGAAGAGGUAAGAUCAUUACUUUUCAAGCAAAGUUGUGACUUGCUCUCUUUUUUAACCAAUGCAACCACCCAAAAUUAUGUGAUUAUGAAAGGGGACUUAUUGGUGAAAAGAGCCAUGCUACACUGCAGUCAUUUCCAAGACAGCAAAUGGUUCAGUGUCAUUAAAUUAUGUUUCAUUUUGUGCUUCUAGUUGAGUGGUUAGUCUUGAAUCUCAUUGAAUUAGCCAGUUAUCAGGUGGAAAAUGUAAUGUAUAAUUUUAUAGCUGUCAAGUGAUUUUUUGGUGAAAUAAUCGCCGAACGCAAUUGGUGAAUUAAUAACGAAAUGUCAAAAUAUUUUUUUUUGUUUUAGUGGAAGUGGAGGGGCCAGGUUCAGUUACAGAGAAACAACAGGUACUUAACUAGCACAUUAUUUUAUUAGAGCCCCGUGCGACGGACACCAGCUCGUGGACAAGUUUCUUUGUCCCGAGAAAGAGCUCAAAUAAUUCAGGAUUUUAUUCCUCUGCUGUCUUAUUAAGGAUAUAACACGCCUUUUUUAAAAUAUGAUUUCUUUGGUUUCGGCAGGGUACACAACCAUCGAUAUCAAAACAAGCCAGCCGUGUUAGUUUGCCUCCCAUUAGCAGCCCAGUUGGUGGACAGAAAAGUAUAAUGUCCAUGGAGAAGUACCCUGUAACCAUACAUGAACCUUCAGCUGUAAGAACUGCACGGCAGGUAACGACUGCACGGCCUUAAUAAUUUCAUGUCUCCCCUCUCUUCAUCACUGCAUGCAAUGAAUAAAAACACCACUGUUUCACCAAUAACUUUGUAAGUGCAUCACGCGUGCACGUAGAUUGCAAAACGGUCCGUAUUUUUGCGUAUUCAAGUGCGCGUGAAUAGUCAAACAAAAGGUCUGGAGCGAGGCUGAAAACGGAGAGCGAGACUGGGGAGAGAAGGCUCUUAAACCGGUUUUGAGAGGAAAAACUGUUUUGCAGUCUAACUUGUACGUUUCUUUGCCGUCUUUGCCCGCUUUCGAAUCUCUUGAGAGAAUGGGUCAAGAUUUGGGCGCAGUGAUUUCUGGAAUAGUUUUGGUAUGACAUGCGGUAGUCAUAAGUAACGCUCGUACAUCCAAACGAUCCCAGAAGUCGUAGCGCCGAAGGCUUGUACCCAUUCCCCUUGUAGUAAGUGGUUUGGGAAAUGGAACCACCACGGCGUGACUGUCCCACGGCGUAAAACUUCCUAAUUUGGCGUUUUAUGGAGAACUAUUUUCCCAUAUUUUCAUGCAGUGAACCCACGAACUGAACCAUUUUGUCAAUGCGAAGUACAUGGGCAUGGGGAAAGAUCGAUUUACUCGCUAUUUGUCGUAUUCCUUCCACUUUGCUUAAUAAUGUAUAAUCGAUUUCCACAGGAGCCCAUAACCCAUCAUUUCCAUUGAAACUUUUUUUAAAAACUUAUUUCAGAAUCGCCAGAAGCUUUAUCCUCAACAAUCAUCUGCCUGGUGUGAUGAUCUUGACAGAGGCAACCGGAUGCCAAGAAUUGUGAAAGUAAAAUCAAACCCUAAACUUCACAGAUCCAAAAGUGUAGCGCAGGUUCGUGUCGGCUGCCGGUGAAUAAAAGAGGGAUUUAACCUUAUUUAUUAUUAUUAUUAUUAUUUGUCUGUUUCUGUGAAUUUAGAAGGCCCUACAUUGUAUAUUUGGGCUGUAAGAUGGCUUUCGUAACAAUUCGUCUGUUAAUUUAGGCCUCGUUUACUCUUCAUAUUCCGCUGUCCAAUUGACUUUUUUUUCUAAUGGUUCCAGGCCUUUGGUUUAAGCCUUUACAACAAAAAAUUAUUGAGGAAGAUUUCAGGAAACCCACGAUGAGCCUGUGCUACUUGCAGUAAACUGAUUAAAACAAAUAGUUAUUUUCAAAAACGCUUCCCCAUGAGUAGGAGCUUUUGGUAAUGGAAAGUUAAAGUUUUCUAUUCGCGAACAGCCAGGGGCACCCAACGACUGUUUUCCGUGAAAUAUCUGUUCGGAGAAGCAAAAAUUGCCUAGAAUUUUCUAUAGCUCGAGGAAGGCUAAAAAUUUCUAGAUGACCGUUCCAUUCACAUACAAUUUUCGAAGCUUAUCUAAUAAAUUCCUACGAUUUUCUGAAGUUUAAUUUUUCCCGUUUCACUCCCCAGAUUAGGCUAUUUUUCGUAGAGAAAGGAAACCUAAAAUUUUCGGAAUCGAAAAUGCGAUGCAGAGAGGAAUCAGAAAAACUAUCACUUUCGUAAAACUUUAAAUUGCAGCUAAAAUUUUCGGGAAAAUAAUACUGAAGCCCUCGUAAUUUCGAAAAGACUCAAGUUGCCCUAGGCUGACCGAACAGAUAUAAAUUCUUUAGCGCCACUUUGAGUACAUUCCUAGAGAUCAAAAAGUACUCUGGAUAACCUAAAAAGUGUUUUCAAAGUAUUUAGGGGGAAACCGUCGUUGGGUGCCCCUGAACAGCAAAAAACUAGUUUUUUGAGAACGCUGCAUUAGUAAAGUUCGAUGCAUCCAGUCCUUCAUAAAAUGGUCCAGUAAGCACAAGUCAGUUGAAUGGCAGAAAGGAAUAUAAAUACAGGUGCAUGAAUGUAGAGGGUUUAAGAUAUGAACCUUCAAAUACCUUUGUUUUCAAGUAAAGUCAAUUGUAAUGACAAUGCUGACAUGCAUGUGGCCACUGAUUUUACUGAGUAAUUUCUAACUAUUGUCCCAUAGCUGUUUGAAAAAUUGAACCCAAAUAAUAAACCCACUAAAAACAUCGUAAGCCCUAGUUUUUUUUUUACUUUAAUUGAGUACAGCUGUAUGUUUGAAAAAGAAACCUUUUGUCUUAAUUUUCCAGCCAAGAUACUUGCCGAAAAAACAAGACAGUCCAAAAAGUGAGCGUCAACCAACAGAACUGUAAGUGUUAUUUAAAAAUUUAACGUUCCGCUGUUGUGAAGUUGAAGUACAAAGUAUAUGUUAACAACGUUCGGUACAUGGGUUUUUUAUUGACUUCAAAAGUGCCUCGGCUUCCCAUUUACAGUGGGGAAACUGAAAAGUCUUAUUGGAAAAUCUAGUGGGUUAUGCCAUGUCGUUUGAAAAGCUGCAGAAAAUAUGGGAUGUCGUUUGAGGCGAUCAGUAAUUUUCCUAUUCGUGUUUAACUCCCCAGCGGAUUCAGGUGUAAUAAAUGUGGGACUUACUCACACAUUCUUGUCUGCUUAAUACAAGGUUGCCUGCGCUUAAUUUAGGUUUCAAUGUGAUAAGCAACUUUAUUAGCCUGAGAAAACAACCGACAUUUCUUGACGCCACCCUGGUUUACCUACAAAAUUCCUACUUCUGAGGAAUGACUGCAGAAAUUGAUAGUGAUACGUCAUCAGUACUGAAUUUCUGCUCUCGUUCCUCGGACGUUACUUCCCGGGGAAACCACUGGUAGCGUCGCCAAAUGCCGGUUGUUUUCUUUGGCCACAUCUUAACCCAUGUUCAAUCAAUCAUUUCAGGGAUCUUGCCAAUGAAUCAAUUUGGAAGCCAUGGAUGGUAAUGAAGAUAGUUACUGCUCUGAAAGGUAUUGUUGCUGUUAAGUUUGCCUUUCCCUGUGUCUCAACUAACCAAUCUAAUAUACGCUCUAUCAUUUCCUUACUAAAUGUGGUAUGGCUCUCUGUACAGGAUUCAGUAUGGAAAGAGAACAGAGCUUGUUAGAUCGUGAUGGCCCAAAAUGGAAAAGAAUCCAGGUACUGUCAGGUUAAUACCAUGUGUCGAAUAGAAAAAAAGAGGCCGUUAUCUUUUAAGCUACCACUCUUUAGCCGCGAAAAAAGUGAUCGCCUGUUGUAGGUUGUCCGUAACUAGAAGUGAACGCUCAUUUUUCGAUCGCUCCCACAGCGAGAGAAAAAUGAGAGGAACGAUUCUCUCUCCCUCUUGUCAUUUUCCUCUUCAGGAAGGGAAUCUGUAUACUCUGUAUCUUCAAAGAUAUCAUUAGCCACGGACCAGAGACACUGGUAACUAGUAACCAGUCCUGCAGCAGAGAUAUUGAAGGCUUUUAUAAAUUUGCAGUAAUGCUGUAAGCGUUUCUUUAUUUCUCGAAGUAAAUGUUUUUCAGAUUCUGCUAGGUGAAGGAGGAAUUUUGUCAUCAAAUUCAACAAUAGCUGCAGAAGCUGCGAAGGUUAGCAAUAACCUUUGACUUAUGUAAUACUUUCACUUAGAUUUGUCUGCCGCUCGAGUCACAGGUGACCCGAGAACGUUGUAUGAGUGGGAAACCCGGGUACUAGAAUUAAAUUACGUUUUUGAAAUGCACAGAUUAGCGAAUUUUUAUCUGCUCGUAAUUUUUUCCUUUUCUUUUAAAUGUACAAACAAAUUUUACAGGAAAGUGUUAUCAAACUGUGGAUCUCCUGGCGUCUUUGGUGGUUUUUCCUGUCGACGGUCUGCGACUCUGCGUUAUGCUUUUUACAUUUGCUAGAGGAAGAAAUUAGCCCUAGCGUUCAAGUGUGACUUUUGACCUCGGGAUUGGAAUACUGUCCGUUUGUACGGUUUUUGUUUUUACCGCAUUUUUAAAGCGAACUUCGGCGACUUAUCUGAAAUAUAUUCUCCAACCGCAAGUUGUCCCUUUACGUAGCUGUAAUAUUGUUGUCCACUACCUUUAGUCUUGUGCUCAAGUGCAUUCUACUUAUGAUAUCAUUGUAUCAACGGCGAAAAAACAUCUUCAGUACAAUCAGUGUAAUAAAAUAUACUUGCUGAUCUUUUUUCUAGACUGUUGGUCAACUGAAGUGCCAUGAAAAAUGUGUGGUAGAUACACUAAGUCAUGUGGUAAGUACCCACCUUUUCUGUUUAAGCAAAAUUAAAUUAGGGCCUCGAGCUUAGAAAUUUCAGGUGUUUUCCUUGUCGGAUAUCCUUUGUGUGGGUUCUAUAGAUAUAUGUUCCGGUUAAAACUAACCUUCGCUUCGAUUGGCAAGGGUUACAUUCGGCCUAUGUUGUUAUGAAAGCGACCCCUUCAAGCAGGCUAUAGCUGUUGAGUUUGAUCUUAAUAAGUUUCCGUUGGUAGUGUGUUCAUGUUUAAUUGUUCUUUUUUGCAGAUAAAAUUACAGAGAGAUCCCAAAGUCUGUUACGAAGCCUGCAAAGCAAUGAUCUUGUUAGGUCAGUCCAUCUAUUCAUGCACAUACCUCUUAACUGCUUCGAAUGACACUUGGCGUGUGAUCUAAAGAGCAGCUGAAAAUAAGAAGCCUAGAGGAAUUAUAUUUGUGGUAAUUUUAUGUUGGAAUAUUUUUCUACAGGGACGUGGGAUCCAUACGCCAUAGGGGUAAUCAGACAGUACAUCAAAAGAGGUAAAUGAUUAAAUGGUCUUGUAACUAAACCUUAAGAUGUACCGCAGCCAUUUGCAGGCACAACUCAAAGGAAAAUUAACAAGUAGCGAGAAAUACGGGAAAAUAUGCGACUGAUACUAAGUGCGGAUAAACAUGCGCCUGAUGACAAAUUUGAGUGGAAACGUAAUACAUAUGUUUUUUGCCGGUUGUCAAACAGUUUGAAAAAUAUUUGACGAAAAGUAUCGAGUGGACUUAAAACACCUGGUGCAUGACCUCGCACCAAUCACAUUCCUUCAUCAAUAGUUCUGUCGUUUCAUAGAUUUUUUUUCGUAAAAUGCAUUUAGUGUAGCUGUUGUAGCAUCGAACACACUAGGCCGCUGUACGCUGUUCUCCCCAUUUUUGUGCCCAGAACUUGGCGGCGAAAAAGAACCACGAGAAGACUGUCAAACGUUUUGUUUGGCAUGGAAUACAUGUACUAGAAGCAGCGUUGUCAUGUCGACAUGUCAUCAGAAGCUACUGUGACUGUGUAAAUGAACAAAAAGGCGUGUGAAAAGCAUAACACAUACAAUAAAAUAAAUAUCCAAAAAGGUGAUGUAUUGUAAGUUUUCCUCGUUUUAUUUCACUUUCUCAAAUUCUUGGUCAUCCUCUUUCUUUCUUUUUUUUUAUCCCAGGAAACAAGGAUAUUGUGCUGGAAUUGUUAUCAACGAUGACGAAAGCAAGAGAUAUAGCAUUUGUUGAUAAAGUAAGGAAUAAUUUUAAAAAAUUGGUAGAAGAAAGCAAAAAUAUAAAUUUGUUUGAGUGAGGAGCUUGACUUGUACAGUGAAGCCGACCUAUAUUCGUUAAUCGUUGAAAUAACUCAGUUUGCCUUUAUUCAUUUAUUUUUUCAAAUUGAUACACGAACUUUGUUUUGGCUUACAUAUUAAUGUGCUCUUUCAGACCACAGCUGAAUUCAAGAAGUUGGUGAAUUUGCUCAUCUUUACAAUAAAAACUCAGUCUCCCGAAAUGGCAUUUCACGCCGCAGUGAGCUUAGGCCGACUAUGCGUGGUAGAACCUGUCUCGAAAUCGUACCUCAUUUCCAGGCUUCCUGGGCUGUCUCCGCACGAAAAAGGAGAGGUGGGUCCUGUUGUUGUUAAUUUGAAUUUAAAAAAAAAACACGGUUUAGAGGAAGAAAUUCAAGGAAUUCCAUCACUAUGUGAAGAGACACUGAUAAACCCGGGGCGGGGAGGGCUGCCUGCGGAAAACUUGGACCGCUGAAAAAGGUAAACUGCUUGAAGCCUUAAUCCCAAUUCAAACCAAAAUAUGGAAUCCAGUUUUCCUACCCUGUCUUAUUUCAGACCUGGCCCAAAAUUCGAUGCCUUACUUCAGACAAUCAAAUUAACCAAAGUGAGCUUCUUGAGAGAUGAAUAAAAGAGUGCUUCUUUCAAAGACCAUAACUAACGGAAGACUAAUCUGUACGUUAUUUCGGACCCGAGCAGAUGCGAGAUAGAACAUUCCCCUUGUCGACUUGUCACACUGACUGACUGACUGGUUGAUUCAAUGAUCAUUUGAUUCAUCUCCAGGCACUUUACGUUUUGAUCAAACAAAUGAACUGCAAGGACAGACUUGUUAUAGAUGCUUUACUAGAACAACUGAGUUCUGCUUACAACUGGAAGGUAAGACUUCUAUUUUGGCUACCUAUUUGCUCUGGAAAGUGUUUCUCAUUUUUCUACUCUUGUAAAGGUUAACAAGAUAUACCAAGAGACUAUAAAGGGGACAGAGAGGGCAUCCCCCAUAUACACCCUAUUCCAUAGGUAAUUCGUCUCGAGUUAUUUUUAGAAUCGGGAUAAAGUUACCUCGCACGAGGCGUGGAUGUUUCGUGGAGGUUUCGCACGACCAAACGCCGUGCAAAACAUGUCGGGCGAGAGGCAAUGAAAGCGUAAAAAGAUCGAGAGCAUUCCUGAAUAUUGAAACGAAAUGAGUCGGCGCUCACCGGGGAAAAAGGAAUCGCUGGACUCUUUGACAACCCGUGAAAUCAGUUUAACUCGAAGUUGUCGUAACCUCAGUGCUUUAAUAAAAUGAGAAAUUUCGCCGGUCUAUUGAAACCGGUCGUUUGUACAAUUUAGGGAGUUUAAGAUCCAACGACGCGGACGACAACUAGAACGUCAAAAAAAAACAAUAGCUAAGAAAGUGUCAAAUAUCGGACGCUUCUCAUUGGCUCGUUCCUAAUGAGCCCACGAGACAAAAAUUUGUCCAGCGGGGCUUAAAGCGCGCAAAAAUUUAAAAAUUUCAGUAACUUUUGGCGCUCGUAAAAAAAAAGGAUUCAAUAUUUUUAAAAAAUUUUUUCGAAAAUGAGUUCUUGACAAAUAUGGAAAUCUACCAGAAGAAAACAAAUUGAAGGGUUAGGGGCACUUUAAUUAGCAAAGCAACAACUUCGCACGUGCAACACACUUUUUUGUUCAUUUCUUUCCCCUUUUUGCACGACUACGACGUGAAAAUGCCUAAUUUCGCGUUUUCUGGAGGACGUAAAUAAUCAACGACGAAAUUUUAUUUCUCUUUCUGAGCUUGAAUAUGGUCCCUUGAAAUUCAGCUUUAGGAGGGUUCGCCUACAAUUGACAAAGUAAGUGGGUAGGAAUAAUCGCUAUAAAGACUGAAAAAAAUAAACAUAAGACCAGAAAUUGCUCUCUUUAAACUGUAAAUUAUAAAUGAUCCUGAGAGAAUAUUCAGUGUGUUAAGGAUUUCCCUGCUCUACUGUUAGCUCUAUACAAGAGAGGAAGGGCGAUUCUUUUUUAAUUUCGGUUUCGCUGACACAGCUUUCGCAGAAAUCUCGCUGUAGUCGUUUUCGUCGACAAAAGGAAUAGCACAAUCGCUCUCCGCGUCUUCCCCCAUUUUGUUCUGCGUCAUUUCGUGAAGGACGCGUGGCUCUCAGCGUGGGUCAUCCACGCGGAACACAUUUGCGCUCUGUGAUUGGCUGUUGUCUAAUCCCCCUUGAGAUCUGUGGUGUAAAAAAUAACUCGAGACGAAUUACCUAUGGAAUAGGGUGUAUAUGGGGGAUACCCUCUCUGUCCCCUUUAUAGUCUCUUGGAUAUACUUGUUAGUGGCGGGCGAGUAAGGCAAGCUGUAGAUCCACUGAUCAGCUUUGAUUUGAAAAGGAUCGUUUAAACGCUUUUUCUAACACUCUUUUCCCUUUUUGUCUGUUGAACAGCUAAGAAUGGAAGCAGCAGACUUACUGAUAUUUAUGGGUAUGUGCAAGUACGGCUUAACGGUUAUCUUGAUAUAAAAAGCCAAAAUAAUACAAAAGGCACAAGCGAACAGACAAAAAUCAAAACAAAACAAAAUUUACCUCAGCUAUUUCUCACGUACAAUUCUUGGCAGCAGUUAUGACGGUGUACACAUAUGUAAAAACCGACUUGACCAUAUCUGCAUUGAAAUGAGCAAAGGGAUUGUGUUUUUUUUUCAAACUUUUCGCGUGCUUUUCCGUUCUUAUUUGACGUUAUGUUAUCUUUGGGAAGGUCUCAUUCACACGAGCUACGUAAUGUAAUGUCGUGGAUUAAAGAACAACAGGACGCGUCCUCUUUAAAUUAUAUAUGUUAUUAAAAAUCAUGUUAACAGUGAGCUCGUACGUCAGCAUACAAGGGCGCCAGUGGCAGCCGCUAUCAGUACAUUUAUGAGCUCGCUGUAACCCACCCACAGCCCAUGAUAUGAAUGGUGUGUGAUAAACAAAUGACAAAUGCAAGCAGCUGUACAUGCACAAGAGAUGUUCACCCGUCCAGUGUAGUAGCACGGUGAGAUUCGCACGCGCAUUUUAACAGCCUGCAUCUAAAAAUGGUGGGCAAAAAUUUUUCACCUUGCGUUUGCGUCGUCCUGGUGCAAAAUACUCCAAUCCUUUGGUCGAUGUUUGCGUUGGCGUUGUGGUAGUUCACCCGCGUUUUUUUUGUCUACUCUAACACGUUUGCGUCGCUUGUAUGAAUCAGUCGUGAAUCUGUCUUUUGCGUGUUUAUUACAGGAGCCAGAGAUGUGUUUAAGGUUAAAAGUCCCGAUGAAGUGUUUGACACACUAGAAAGAUUGCUGUGGGAUCACGCGAAUAAGGUAUGAAAAUAAUUGAGAGGCUGCGUAUAAUUUCUGCGGUAUGCGAUUUGGUAUUGAAAUUUGCUAAUCAUAUUGACUGGCUUCAUUAAAGGAACUUCGGAUUUUUCUGAGUUUGGUGUCUGUAUAACAAGGGGUAUCAGCUUAAUUUGGCGUCCGCUCAUUUUACGCUUUAUUUACUGUUAUUUUUUUUUGCAGGAAUUAAGGAUAAAAGUUUCUGAAGCUCUGUCGUCACUGGAUUUACGACAAAGAGCAAUUCAGUUGGUUCUCCGGUAUGUGCAAAAGUUUUUGUCAUUCAUGAAGCUGCCCGUUUGUGUCCCAUAUCUGCCCGCUGCAACUCUAUUGAUUUUACACCAAAGCGCACUACAUCAGUUUAGAAGUGACGCUCUUUUUAGAGCGAAAUCAAUUCUAGUACUCAACUGCUCAUCACGUACAUGUUAUAUAAUAAACCAUGACGUACAAGCCAGAGCCGUGUCACGAAAUUUAUCAAAAUUCAAACAGUGAGAACUGCCACCAGAUUGGGUGAAACUAAAAAAUAACUGCUCAGUACAUGGAAAGAAGUUAGAAAUAACUCAGCAAACAGAAAAGGAGGCACUGAUUAACAAAUCUGAAGAAGAUGGAAACGGAUUCGCUAUUGUGGUUUUUGAAAACUUGACUUACUUGUUUGUAACGUUUGAUAUUUUGCUUGAGGGACAUAUUGUUCGACACGAAGCUCUAAUAUUGUUAUUCAGAAGUAAUUUCUCAAGUGCCUUAGCGAAUAGAGAGACGUAAUUAGUAUUAUUGACAAAAUGAAGUAGAAAGCCCGAAAGCCGUCGCGUGAUACAGCCUCUUGAAAUGCUGCUUGGUAAUACUGUUUAACAUUUGGCGAUUGUUGUUGCCUUGUGUUUUUAAUACACCGUAAUGCGGCUUACUAAAAGCUGUCGUUUAAUGUAUUUAUCUGAGAGAUAUUGGCUUAUCUAGUGCAUUUUAAAUCAGGCAAUUUCCAUUAGUCAAUUUAAGCCAAUCAGGAGUCAAUAAACCAGUACUUAGUAUUAACCAGUUGCACGUACGCGUUUCCCGCGCUUUGAUACAGCAGUCCAAGCUUCCUGUCGUGAUUGGUUCAUAGUUUGUUCGUCCGUUCUGAUAUGGUUUGGCAUCAGGCAAAGAAAAACUUAGCACUUUAAAAAGCGUAUCAUAAUGUUCUCUCUUUAAUAGACGUCUAGAAGACCCAGCUGAAGAAGUGCGAGCUCGUGCAGUGAUUUCAUUGGUAUGUUAAACAGUACACGUAUUAAAGGUUACUCGUAGUCUUUAUGUCAACUCUGUACUACCUGGCCCCAGUUAUUCGAAGGCCGAUUAGCGGUAACCCGAGGAUAAAUUUUAAUCCUUUUUUUCUUUUGUUCAAAAUCACUUUCUCGGGUAAUGUUCUUUUAACAGUAUCCAAUCGUCAAAUUGUAGACAAAAAGAAUUAAACUGAAUUUGCUAUUUUGAGCGUUCAUAUCUGAAAUCAAGUUUGGCACUAACGCUGGGUUAUCUUGACCUAGCUUCGAAAAAACCGGCCCUGGGCAGGUUUAGGGCAGCUGGCUAAGUUUAUGGUUAAGUUUAUCCGUUAUAAGCGACGUUCUACAGUAACUCAGGGGUAGUCAGUCGGGUCGGGAAGAAACCCCUCGACGAACGUUUCCAAGCACGAUCGAAAGAGCUUCGUGCUUGGAAACUUUCCUCGCGCCGUUUCUCCCUUCCCGACGGACUCCUUCUGGGUCUCUGAGGACGGAUUAGCGCCAACACACUAUUGUUCUCUGUUGUCUUAAGAUCCCCCAAAAGACGGUCCUUUUCAAUUCGUUGUAGCUUAGUUCAGCUUCGACUGCUCGAGAAUUAAGCGUGAACCUUAACAAAGAAAAAGCCGAAGAGAAUUAGAAUCAAAUAUUGAUAGCCAGAAAAGUAUAACAUUUCUCCUGGCAAAAACUUUUGACUUUCUAGACGUUUAUUUACACUCGGAUAUUAUUAUAGUCAUUAUUUCCCCCGCCUUGACUGGCCAAUGCUUUGUUGUUUCCAGGCCACUCUCGGGUUGAAAGGGGUAAAGGAAAUGAAAGCGCUGCUAGACAUAUUAGAACUGGACUCCAGUGUUUAUGUCAGAAUUCAGGUAAAGUUAUAUGGAUUAUUUUGUAAAUUCCCUAAAAUUACCAUUAUUUGAAUACGGACACAAAGCAGGUUGAAUUUCGUCUCGCAAAAUUUGCUCUUGAGAUUCGUGGUCUUUAAAAUCAAAAAUCACCUUGAAAUACUGCUCAGGCCCUUUAUCCUGUUUUGUGCUAACGCAGCAACUUUAUUCAGUGAACUUGACUUGACACACGUUUGGCGGGUUUUAUCCACCAAGUCAAAAAUAACAGUGGCUUUGCACUGUGUAAACUGAAGAUUAGUUUUUAAGGAUUUGUUCCAUGAUACACAUGUUUACCAGCACUGUGAUCACUAACUGCGAUAUGAAGGUGGUGUAGAAGGGUUCUCUCAUUUAUUUUCCAGGUUGUUAGAGCCUUUGGCAACAUGGAAUGGAACGACCCACGAAUUCUUCGAAGUUUAAGAGAGCGAGAAAAGGGCGAGGGCAUACUAGCAGCGUAAGCAAUUAUCUCGCAUCCAUUCUAUCACCUGAAUCCUCGAUAUAUAACAAUACCAAACCCAGUGAGUGCGGUGUACCAAUAUUAUUGCUGCACCCGCAAAUGUUAUUUCACACGCGUCGAACAUCGUCGCAAAGUAAAGGUCAAAACAAAAACGACGAUUUCUGGUAAUCACUGCGCUCGGCAAAGUUUAUUGUAAGACCCCGAUUCGGUGUUUCUCGACAUUCAUGCUAAAACACAUUUUCUGUCCUUAAUUUUAAUCGCAACAAACUUCUUUGCGGUUAUCUUGUAGGUCAGAUUUGGUCUAGCAAGAGUUUGUUUUUUAAGUUCUCUGCCUCUUUGAAAACUGCUAAAUGUUAUAACUGCGAGGUGUAGGUCAUCGUUCAUUUUCUUCUUAAAUAGUUGGUAUGUAAUUCGAUAUCUAUUGAAGCUGAAACUUUCAGUGUUGCUACCUUAAGGGUACUGUAAAACGGGUAACAAAAACGUGCAACUUGUCUUGCAACAUUGCUGCAAAAUGAGUUGAAUGGCGAUGUUGCGCGUUUUACCACCCGCAUUCAAACUUUUGUUGCAACAAAUCAGGUUGUUGCAAGUUGCGAAAAGUUGACUUCCGCUUUUUAAUAAGAAGUCGGUUUUCACGCAAGUUGCCUCUUCAACCUUUAUUUGUUGCAAGACAGGUUUGAACAUGAGUGGUAAUGGGCCGACCAUUUGACUUUUAGUGGGGCGGGGGAUAGGUGAUUUGGUUUGGGUAAGAAUUUUUUUCCCAAAACCUCUGGUGAUAGAUUUUUUUCCCCGACAUACAAAUGUGUAAGACUUUUUUUUCCAAGAUUACAAGCCAUGAAAGGUAUUUUUUUCAGUGUAGGAAUUUCCCUCGAAGUCAGUCCGCAGGAUGUUUUUUUUUUUUUCUGAACUCACCCAUACCCCCCACCCCCUCAAAAGUCAAAUGGUCAGCCCCUAAUCAGCGCAACAUCGCUCUGCAGCAAUGUUGCAGAACAAGUUGCACGAUUUUGUGCAGUGUCCGUUUUACCGUAGCUUAACUUUUAAUGUUGAAAUAUCUUGUCGUAAAAUUUUGAGUCAAAAUUUAGAAAUGCAUUAUCUUUAUUAUUUUGAUCCGUUUACAGGGAAGCAAAAAAGACUCUUUUGUAUCUUCUAAGGUUAGUACUUUUCCUUAAAAUUGACUUCAAAAUAACGGGUACAUCCAAAACUGCGCAUCCUCGUGGAACUACAAACUGAAACUUCAAAGAGAGCAAGCAAUCACAACUUUUCAUUUUUUGCAAAGACGAGUAGAAUCCUAUGUUUCGUUACUAACGCUGAAACCUUUUGUCUGUAGUGGUAGACAUGUAAGGUCGUAAUACCAGCCCGAGUUGUUUUGUUUUAUGAAGUUACUUAGUUUUUUAGUUUCUUAGGCUAUCAAAAUCUAUGAAGUGUGAUGGUUAAUUGUACUCAUAGGUUUUUUGGCACGGAAAGUAUCAAGAAACUAGGCUUGGAUAAAUUUGGCUCGUAAAAUGGCUUAUUCUGCCUGCCGGCAGUGCUCGUAAAAAUCGCUUUUUAUUUUCAAAUUCCCUUAUUAAUUACCUCAAUUCUGCUCGAAUUCUGCUCGGUCUUGGCAAUCAUUACCUGCUGCGUUAGUUGUGAUUGGCCGGUGUGAUAAUUAUUCGUUUGACUGACAACAAACUGACAGCAUGCUCUGAAGGGUAAAAUAAAAAGGUUGAGUUUGUUGACGCUCAUUCACAGUUUGUGUUUUUCUGCCUUUUUUUUUUCAGAAGUCCGGGCAAAACUACUUUAAUAGUAGAAUAAGCUCAUGUUAGACCCUCUUACAGAAGGCCGAAGAGUUAGAUGUACUCGUCUGGAGGGAAAAAGAGAGAGGAAAACGGUUGGCACGUUGUGUUGAAUUUGUUUGAUAUUGUUCCCAAAAUUAUUAGCGUAAAUUAUUUCGUUGUAAAUACCUGAAAGUCUAUUUUUGUAUAAUAAAUGCGGU